AGCCUCGAGGAAGAGAGCGCGGGGACUCCCGGAUCCCCUUGCGUCCUUCGCCGACUCCUCGCGUCGCUUCGGCCGGAUGUAGUCGUCUCAGCUCGGCUUUCACGUGGUCUCGUCUUCGCCUUCUCCGUGCUGUUCGAGUCACCCCGGUUUAAAAUCCCGGCUGGAAACGGCUAUAAUUUCCAGCUGGACUCCAGCUGGAAAUUCGAACCCAUUCCAACUGGAGGUCCAUCUACAGCGGAGCAGCUCGAUGAGGAAUCUCGAGCGCGAUGCGACGGCCGGAUCGGAGCGGAAUCGGAGGAAACGGCUCGGAUCCUUUAUUCCUGUUCCCAUUUCCCGUCGGAUUUCUCCAUCCGGAAGAGGAGCAAGAUCCUCUUUCUUUGCCCAGCGGCAUGGACCGUUCGCUUCUUCGCACGAAUGGUGGAGAAGAAGCAGACUGAUUUCUCGGUGAAGUGGGUGUGUUUCCAUUCCGGAUGGAACCAGACCGGGCUGAAGGAGCUGGAGGGAACCCUGAAAGAGACCCUCAGCAUCGCCGUCCUCAUCCCGACGAAAGACGGGGAAGAGACGAUCCAACUGUGGUCCAACGAGCCGACCCCAUCCGGGUCCGCGAUGUUCAAGCUGGCCUUCGAGGGAAAUCCGUGGAACGCGAAGGAAAGCCUCCUUCCCGACCCCAUCCGCCCCUAUCGAGAUCUGCGAGGCCGAACACUCCGAGUCGCGGCCUACGACUAUUAUCCCUUCUUCGUGUUCGGACGCGGGAAAGGCGGGGAGGUCAUCCCUGUCGAGGGCAUCGAUGCCAGCCUACUCAAGAUCCUCGCCGGGCAUUUCAAUUUCACGUACGAAAUCUUCGCACCGGAGGAUGGAGAGUGGGGAGCGAUGAUGGAGAAUGGCUCCUUCACGGGGAUGAUCGGAGCAGUGGAAAGCGGAAGAGCUGACUUGGCCCUCACCGAGAUCACCAUCACCGCCAACAGGUCCACGGUCGUGGACUUCACCUACCCCUACAUGCAAGAGGCGUUGACCUUCGUCACUUUGGCUCCGGGCGAGUCCUCCAGGGCCUUCAUCGUCUUGAGUCCUCUCUCGAUCGGGGGAAAUGUCUCCAUUGCAAAAAGACAGGCCAGUGGAAUUAAGAUCAUUAGGAGGAAACUUCUGUUACAGAUGUGGUUUCUAGUGCUCGGGUCGAUCAUCCUGACCACGGUGGUCCUCGUGUUCCUGGCAAGGCUCCUGCGCAAGACGGAAAUCAAGUCGGGUUCCGAAAGGUCUCUUCGUUACUCCCCGACGAAAUGGUUCAUCUUUGUCAUCCAGGUCCUGACGGGGGAAAGUUCCCCGUUUUUUCCCACCGAAAACUCCAUCAGGGUUUUUCUCUCCUCCUGGAUCAUCUUCUCCCUCAUCCUCACCUCAUGCUACGGAGGGACGUUGAUAUCUCAGUUGAGCGUGCCGAAAGAGGAUCCUCCGUUGAAUAACCUCAACGAACUGGACGCAGCCGUGUCUUGCGGGGACCUCACUUGGGGGUGUCCUCGUGGCAGUGCCACCGAAGCUCUAUUUAAGAAUGCAGAGGAAGGAAUCUAUCAGCAUCUGUGGAGCAGAAUCUCGAAAAGUGCGGAAGAGAACUUGGUCCAAACCCAGGAGGGAGUAUCAGAAGUGCUGAAGAGGGGGAAGAAAGGGAAGAAGUUUGCUUUCGUGUCCGGGCAGACGAAUAGCCAGCUGAGAGCCACAAUCUUGGGCCGUUCACUCUUUCACAUCGCCAAGGAUACUUUCUAUCCCCAGCAUUAUGGGAUCGCCACGCCCAAGGGAGGACCCCUCAAAGACGUACUCGACGCUGUGUGA